AUGAUCAUUCUGAUUAGGACCAUAAAGUGUCGGGUUUAUAUUUUCCCAGGCCUAACAGUCUUCCCUCCCGGCUCACGAGGUAAAGCACCGUUGGGAGCUCGAAGCUGCCAUAGGGAUUGUGGAGCACGCUUGUCGCAUCUGUUUGAGGUGCACAGUUCCAUGCGCUCUAGUGAAGCAGUGUCUGUCAAGAAGAGCGACUGUACUCCAGUCACCAUCGCAGACUUUGGUGUUCAAGCUUUCGUCAUUUUCGGGGCCAACAAUGCAUUAAGUAGGGCAGGGAUUGUAAUGACUGCUCAUAUUGGUUGUGGGACCUGGAGAAGGAGGUUUCAAGAUGACCGCCAGAGUGGAUCAGCUGAACCAUCCGACCAUGAUUGGAGUAGAUGCUUUGUUGACUGAAGUCUGUUAGCAUCACAAGCACGAUUUUGCAUUACAGAUAGUGCAACUUGGCAAUCAUUGCCUUUGUCGCCUUUCUUUAGUACAACAACUGAUGCUGCUGACGAUAGCAGUAGAAGGAGUGUGGUUCUCUUGAAGGCUUGCUGUGGCAGUUUAUCCAGGUAUAUUAUGGUGGCUUCAUUCUGCUAGUGAAACCACUGAUAUCAACCAAGGUGUGGGAUCAUGCAGUUGGGUUGAUAUGCGUUCAUGAAACUGGUGGGGAAGUCCUUCUGCAGGUGACUCAUUGGGCAGGGGCUGACCUUAACCUUGAGAGGAUGGUGUGGAGCAAAGGAUCUUAUAUCCUUAAGUUGGAGUUCUUGCGACCAGUGACAAGAUCCACUACUAGAUCGUGGAGAUGAUUUCUGUAAGUUCAUCCACUGGAUGAGCCCUGGUCGUUUUGACUGAGGACUGGAGUAGAAGUUAAAAGGAACUGUUUUUUCUACAUAUUCUCAUUUCGAUUCGAUGAUGCUUAUAAGUUACAACUUAGUUCUACAAACAUGUCGAGUUGAUGAGGGGGAAUGAGUGAACAAGAAUAAUAAAGGAAGCAAGAUAAUGGUGCUAGAUAGCAUAGGAUCCAGGGUAUGCCUAGAUGGUCAAGCUUGUACCCAGGUUUAGGUUUCAGGAGAGAGGAUGGUGAAGCAAACAAUGUGUUUUCUGUUGCCUCCUAUCACUCAUAUUCUUUCACUGUUGUUGCUGAUUCUGCAAUUGGAGGUACAAGGAAAUGGUAGGUUACUAGCUUGGCUGCUACACCUCUUCAGUUUUGGGGGGUGAUGUUUCAUGAUGGGUAUUUUCAGCUGGUAAGUUUGUCAAAUUCAUGAGAAAUCUCAACAAUUGAAGGGGG